AUGCACAUCCGUUUUCUCCCACCUGUCGACUCUAUGGCCCAAAGAGUGUUACCUUGGUGGACGUGGCCAUAUAAGCAGAUCGGGACAGACAGCUUGGACGAGAAGCGGCCAACCAGCUCCCAUGCGGAGGGAGAAGAAGAGCAACAGCAAGCUAUCGCGCCACAACAGUGGUUCACCUGGACGUUUCGGAAAACAGCCAUUUGUGCCACUGCUGCCAUCAUCGCGACGGGCGUUCUGGCAGCACUGGGCAUGCGCUUUGGAGCUCGUCCAACCAAAAUCAAUACGCAGAGCCAGAGUCCUGUUCGCCUGUGCGGGAAUUCGUCCGCUGAUGCUCUAUCUCUUGGAUGCACUUUCGACCAGCUGCUAUGGGCGUGGCUUCCCCCAAGCUGCCCUCACUACGCGAACGACGAGUUUCUGGCUGCCGAAGAAUGGAAAUACUACAUCGAUCCUUUCGGCGAGGAGCCGGCUGUGGGCGACAAUUGGGAAAAGGCGUUGGACAAUCAGAAGGAUCUCUGGGGCGAGCGGAGAGAGCAUCUGACCCACUGCGUCUAUGUCUUCCUCAGCUUGGGCCAGAUCAUACGGGACGGCACGUCAUACCCUCCCAGGCUUGUAGCGUACGAGCACCUACACCACUGCGCAAACAUUAUCUUGGAGUCCUUGAGGCAAGACAAAAACUGGAAUGUGAUGGAGACUUCCGUAGGACGGGUUUCUUACGAGGAAUACUGUUAG